AUGACGCCCUCAUCAUCUACUUGCCCACAUGACGCCCUCAACAUCUGUCCACACAUGACGCCCUCAUCAUCUACUUGUCCACACAUGACGCCCUCAUCAUCUACUUGUCCUCGCAUGACGCCCACAACAUUUACUUGCCCCCACAGCGCCACAACAUCUAAUUGCCCACAUGACGCCCUCAACAUCUACUUGCCUCACCAGUGCCCUCAACACCUACUUGUCCACACGCGACCCUCAACAUCCUUGUCACACACGACGCCCUCAACAUCUACUUUUCCCUCACAGCGCCCUCAACAUCUACUUGCCCCACACAUGACGCCCUCAACAUCUACUUGUCCACGCCCUCAACAUCUACUUGUCCCACACAUGACGCCCUCAACAUCUACUUGUCCACACAUGGCCCUCAACAUCUACUUGCCCACACAUGACGCCUCAACAUCUACUUGUCCACAUGACGCCCUCAACAUCUACUUGUCCACACAUGACGCCCACAACAUUACUUGUCCACAUGACGCCCUCAACAUCUACUUGUCCACACAUGACGCCUCAUCAUCUACUUGUCCACACAUGACGCCCUAUCAUCUACUUGUCCACACAUGA